UUUGGACGGUCCAAGCCCUCGGCCACCCGCAAGUGGCGCGGCCAUCCAAGUGAUCCGCCAUAUUUAAGCCACGCUGUGUCCGGUACCCGCCCUCAGUCCCACUCACUCGAACUCGUUGUCUCUCUCUUGUUGAUUGCCAACCCAGUUCCACGAUGCCACAUAAUCCUGACGCCACAUCGACGUCUCAUCUCCAUCGAUCUCGGAAGCUGACGAAAUCCAGGCCGCCUACAUCUCAGACAGGCUCACAGUUGGCAAUAGGGCCUUCGUCUCCACGGACUCGCGAUCAUCACUGGCCCAAGGGAAUACCUCGACACGCCAACGUGCGCUUCUCCGAUUAUGACGAAGGCUACGUGGGGGUCUAUUUCAGGCAGCCGGACGACAACCAUCACUCGCAGCGCGAUGGACAGAACGAGACGGCGCAAGUGCUGUCAAGCCUUUCGAGGACUAAAACGUAUCCUUCUUCCCCUGGUGGGAGCUCCCCUCUGUGGAUUCAAAGGAAGCCGGACUUCACAAAGUCCCCCAAGGAACGGCAUAGCGUGCCAUUACGACGAUCCGACUUCCAUGUGCACAAACCACUUCCGCCUAUACCGCAAGACGCGUCUCGCGAUUCAGUGAUUACGACCAGCAGGGACUCCGCAAUCGGGGUGCCCAUCGCGUCGGGACCCUUUAUUAUGGAAUAUCUUGGCGAUCGAGGCAGCAAAGCCCUCUUCACAACACGAAGUGCGAUGGGUGAUAUGAACGAUAUCGUUGAAGAUUCCAUUCCCACUUCUCGAUGCGUUUCUUUCACCAGCUUGACGGAACGGGUUGAUGAUGAGGAGGGCUAUCUUGAUGAAGAUUCCACUACACCCACCUCAUCUUCAACCAUUCUUUCUGCAAGACGUGCCGAAUGGGAUAAUAACGACGAUGCCAGUCAUUCGGUCGCCUCGCCUGCGCGUCCAUUCGUGGUUGCUCCUAACAAUCUAAAAGGGACCAUCCAGGGAAAGCGAGGUCCUCAUGUUGGAGAUAUCACCGGAAUGGAGAGAAACGGCAAGCUCGAUUCAACGCGGAACAACAUCCUCUCAUCAAAUCCUCGGCGCAGGUAACGUCAAGGCACAUCCAUGCAUGCCGCUAUCCAAGGAGGUUGCAUAUCAUUAUAUUAUCUUAUGCUCGAAGUUCAUGCUCUCCGAGCAGGUUGCCAAUUAUCUUUCACGUUUAUUACUACUGUUGAUCAGC